AGAAAAGAACCACUUGCAGGUUUAUUCAACCAAACCAAACUCUCAAUUACUAUUGGGAUUCGGCAUUCGCAUGUGAACCUAACAUAACAAAAUCCUACUAUUUUGCUGGGGUCAAUGCAACCAAAUCUUCUUUAAUUCUAUUGAUUUAUUAUUCAUAACUCUCUGCCUUGUACUCAUGUUUCAGUUGCAAAAGAAUCCGAUCAAACCCUGUUCUCCUGUUUCUCCCUUGAAGAUCAGAGAACAAUCAGUGAUGCUCUGCAGCACAAAAUCUCCAGCCAUAUUUCCUGAUAUGGAUCCGGGGAUCUGGAGCCGGCUGCCGGAGGAGCUCCUGGAUCAUGUGUUGGUUUUCUUGCCUCUCAAAACAUUAUUGAAUCUGAGAUCAACUUGUAAGCACUUUAGGUCUCUUAUAUUCUCUCCUUCUUUUAUGUCCAAACACUCCUCUUCUGGUUCUCCUUUCUCUUCGUUUCUUCUACUCUCUCACCCUCAGUUUCACCAUCGCUACUCCUUGUAUGAUUCCAUGCUCGGCACCUGGCGCAACUUCAGUUUAUCGCUUUCUAUUUUGCUACCCUCUGCUGCUGCUGCUGCUCGUUCUCAUUCCUCCACUCUACUCUCAUCUUCUAAUGGGCUGUUGUGCUUCUCUCUUCCCAACUCCUGCUCUUUUCUUGUGUGCAAUUUCUUGGCCAAAUCUUCUAGGGUUCUUGAAUUUCCAAGUUACCCUUUUGCUUUUGAGUCGCUCACUUUUGUCUCAACACCAUUUGGGUACAAAAUCUUCGUGCUAUGCUCCAAGUUUUCAUCAAUUUCAGCUUUUAUUUACGAUUCGAGAGUCAGUUCUUGGCAAACAUUACAUAAUCUUGAGCCAAUCCUAAGCGACAAUUGUCAUCCAGAAGGUGUGUUCUUUAAUGGGUCAUUGUACUAUACCACUCCAGAGCCGUUUUCAAUAGUGUGCCUUGAUUUGGAGAGCGGAAAAUGGAAGAGAUUUGGCAACGAAUUGCCAGAAGAGCUGACUUUUGUUAGGUUGGUGAGUGAUGGUGAAGGGAAGCUGUAUAUGAUUGGUGGGAUUGGGAGAAAUGGGAUUUCAAAGAUGAUGAAAUUGUGGAAAUUGGGUAAUGGAGGGAAUUGGGUUGAAGUUGAAAGUUUGCCUGAAAUGAUGUGUAAAAAAUUUGUGUCAGUUUGCUACCACAAUUAUGAGCACGUGUAUUGCUUGUGGCAUCAGGGGAUGAUCUGUGUUUGCUGCUAUACAUGGCCUGAGAUUUUGUACUACAAGGUUUCAAGGAAGACCUGGCAUUGGCUUCCCAAAUGCCCUUCAUUGCCUGAUAAGUGGAGCUGUGGCUUCCGGUGGUUUUCCUUUAUUCCAGAACUGUGUGCUUCAGUUUGAGGAUAUCAUUGUCUGUAUUAGUUUGUUUUUGGUAUAUCAUCUUUUCUUUCUUUCUUUCUUUCUUUUUUUUUUUUUCCCCACUUGUGGUUGUGUAUGUGUAAUCAGCAAGAAGUCUAGAUACUUGUCUGUUCCGACUAAGUUUAUAUAGAAUUCUGUUCUUGGAUUGUUCCUAAUUACAA